ACUGGGAGGGGUUAAGCCGGCAGCCCCAGGCCGGGGGACGGACAGGCGGACGGGCAGGCUCAGGCGCCUGCUAUACGGAGUCGGGGCUCUAGGUGUCCUGCCUGGGAGGGUCCCUGCUGCAUUGCAGCCUCCGCGCUGCUCCGUGUCUGGCGCGCACAAUGGCGACUCCCAGCCCCAGCAGCGGCUCCGGCUCCGGCUCCGGCUCCAGCAGCGGGAGCAGCACCCCGGGCUCCCAGGCGCACACGGCGGUCAGCAGCAUGCAGGGCUUUCAGAUAAACUUCUGUGAAAAGGCACAAAACGUCCACUUGGACACUUUUUCAGCAGAAUCAAGUAAACGCAAAGCAUUGAAGUUGAAUUUUGCAAAUCCACCUUUCAAAUCCACAGCAAGAUUUACUCUAAAUACGUCUGGAGUUCCGUUCCAAAAUCCUCACAUUGAUACACAAGCAACACUGGGUAGUAAUCACAUUGUCCCGUUCACUUUCAAAAGGAGAGAAGCGGACCUCAUCCAGAAACUUUCCAGCAGGCUACAAGAGAGACUGAGAACACACAGCAUUGAAUCAUCAGGAAAAUUGAAGAUUUCCCCUGAACAACAUUGGGAUUUUACUGCAGAGGACUUGAAAGACCUUGGAGAAAUUGGACGAGGAGCUUAUGGUUCUGUCAACAAAAUGGUCCACAAACCAAGUGUGCAAAUUAUGGCAGUUAAAAGAAUUCGAUCAACAGUGGAUGAAAAGGAACAGAAACAGCUUCUAAUGGACUUGGAUGUAGUGAUGCGAAGUAGUGACUGCCCCUAUAUUGUUCAGUUUUAUGGAGCACUGUUCAGAGAGGGUGACUGUUGGAUCUGUAUGGAGCUCAUGUCUACCUCGUUUGAUAAGUUUUACAAAUAUGUAUAUAGUGUAUUAGAUGAUGUUAUUCCAGAAGAAAUCUUAGGCAAAAUCACUUUAGCUACUGUGAAAGCACUAAACCACUUAAAAGAAAACUUGAAAAUCAUUCACAGAGACAUCAAACCUUCCAAUAUUCUUCUGGACAGAAAUGGGAAUAUUAAACUCUGUGACUUUGGCAUUAGUGGACAACUUGUGGACUCCAUUGCAAAAACAAGAGAUGCUGGGUGCAGACCAUACAUGGCACCUGAAAGGAUAGACCCCAGUGCAUCCAGGCAAGGCUAUGAUGUCCGCUCAGAUGUUUGGAGCUUGGGAAUUACGUUGUAUGAGCUGGCCACAGGGCGAUUCCCCUAUCCCAAAUGGAACAGUGUAUUUGAUCAGCUGACACAAGUAGUAAAAGGAGACCCGCCACAGCUGAGUAACUCAGAGGAGAGGGAAUUCUCCCCAAGUUUUAUCAACUUUGUCAACUUGUGCCUUACAAAGGACGAAUCCAAAAGGCCAAAAUAUAAAGAGCUUCUGAAACAUCCCUUCAUUCUGAUGUACGAAGAGCGCACGGUGGAUGUGGCAUGCUACGUCUGCAAAAUCCUGGAUCAGAUGCCAACAACUCCCAGCUCUCCGAUGUAUGUCGAUUGACACUGCUGCUUCAUCCAACUCUAGAGAAAGGGCUGAGAGAAAACAAGCUGUAAAGAAUUUUCAUCACAUAUUGCAGUGUUUUUAAUGCUCGCCCAGACACCAUGUGCAAUAAUAUUGGUGUUAUUUCCAUCCUGUCUGUAUACCAUUGUCACAUAUAAAGUGCAUCCCUGUAAUACCUGAUCACACAGUGUUAGUGUUGGUCAAAGAGAGACCUCGUCUUGCUCUUUUGUGGACAUAUUCAUGAAAUGUGGAAAUAAGUACAUUUAUUUGUUGACCGUGAUUGGAUAGCACCUAAAAUUCAUUUCUAGACUCAAAACUUGGAGACUUCUCAACGGCUACUGGAAAGAUUUUUCUCUCAAGCUCUUCCAAUUAUUGUUUCAAGUAAUAAUAAUAAUAGUAAAAAAGUUAGGCUUUGUUUGUCUGAACAUAAUGAGACUUUGCCUGGAGGAAGAAGAACUUGCAUAACCAAGAUACUUUGCCUCCUGGAGUUGGAAAGGCAAAGGAGGAUUUUAUUCUUCACAAAGUGCAAUAGAUUUACUGUUAUGAAAUUCUGUUGCUUUACAGUCGUAGUGUAUUUUCUGGGGACAGUGCUCAGCUGAACUUCCUGUUAAAGAGAGAUCAUGUUAAAUAUAGUGAAUAUGUCUUUACCAAAAAUAUGUUGCAUUGAAAGAGGCUAACAUUAAAAUAUUCAGAGAUGAGACAUAAUGUAUUCUUCUCUCCUUUACCAAGCCAGCCACUCUUCAUUAUAACUAGGUGUCCUGUAAAUUGUUACCUGCUAAGAUAAGACCUUUGACCUGAAAAAUUAUUAAACUACUCGAUUGAAUUUAACCCGUUUGUGACCUGAUUUAUAGCUGCACAAUGCUCACUAGCUGGCUUUGCUUUUACUCCCAAAAGUGCAGUGUAUAGACUCUACAGCUGUUUUUGAUAAGCCACAAUUUAAUCAGUCUCAUGAUUAUUCAGUAAAUAUUUAUAAUUCCUCUCCUGUUCCAAAUCCAUAAUCUAGCACCCUUUUCACAGACCACCAGGCACUCCUUCUUAUCCGUCUAGUAUCUGUCACAAGACCAAAUCUCUAUGGCUUUGCUUCCAGCCACCUGUAUCCAGGACUAGGAUUCAGAGCCCCUCUUCUCCAACUUAGCUGUGGCUAUUAUGCUUAGUGCUUCAAAUAGUAUAUUCUGUUUAGUUUGUCUGAUAUUUCAUUCAUUUUUUUCUGUGUAAGUUCAACUUCUUCUGUGAUUCUGAAUGGCCCUAAUUAUUGUAUUCAGGUCUGAAUUGCACUUGAAUUGUUCGGUGCACGCUGGAGGUCUGGGGACUCUGGAAAUCAGCCUGGGCUUUUAGCAUCCAAGAUGUGCUGUUCUGGCCAACAGUAAAACUCUAGAGCUAGUCAGAAUUUUUGAAAUUUGGUCUCUUUUUUAAAAAUGACAAAUUUCAUGAAAACAUUUAGAUUUUUUCAAAAUGUUUCAUUUUUCAGAAAUCGAUCGAUUGUAAAUGACAAACUAGUGCCUGUGGCUGGGCCUGGAAAAGAGAUCCUGGUUUUCAUUUUGUAAUUUUCAGUUGGUUAGCCUAGCCACUUAGUGGGGUUUUCUCAAAAUCAGAAUGUUCCAUUUUCAUAAACAGUUCUUGGAAAAUUUGGAAAACAAAACCUGGAGGGUUAGAAACAUAAUGGGAAAAGCUGCCGCAUUGCUGGAAUUCUUGUGGAAUUUCCCCACUUUUGAACCAGCUCUACCAAACACAGAGGCUAUGUCAAGACAGCUGCAAAACAGCACCCAACCCCUAUGCCCUCCAUGUAGUCUCAGCUGAGAAAGGGCAGAGCGAAGUCUGUGACCAAACAGGAGCACCAUACUAUUGCCCUUGACUCACAGCACUUCUCCAGAUUUUUCAGUGAUGUCUUCAUAUGUGGCCUUGAGGCAUGGCUCUGUUCCUAGCUUACCCAUGUUAGCUGUCCUGAGCAAUUGCUUUUGGAUACUGCGGAGCGUUCACAGCCAGACACGUUGGGUCUGCUUCUCUAGGGCACUCAGUGUUUUCAACUUCUACUGAAGUCUAUAUGAAAUCAGGGUUCUGAGCCCCUCACAGGCUCCGGCCCAUUAUAUAUUGUAUUCCUGAAGCCCCUGUCUGUCAUGUGUGGCCAUAACAUCAUGUGGGGGCAAAAGCUUUGCCUGUCUAUGCUGGCAAAAUCAAAACCAAAUUCUCUUAACCAAUGAAUCGGUUCCCUACACCUUCAAUUAAUCGGAUAAGACUAACUUGAAAGUAUUAGCCAUGCAAAAUACCUAGAGAGCAAAACAUGCUAUCAUCUAAUCCUGUCCUGGCAUCAUUAUGGUAACAUAUUCCCCCCUGGACCCUCACACUGGGAAAUUUCCACCUGCUCACUUGGCAACUCACAGUAACCGUAACCAUAACCUGUACCCGUCGCCAUCCCCUGCAAGCACAUGUCGCCUUGCUCCCUACUCCAAAUCCAAUACACCAUCGUUAGCAGUAUCGCCAAGUUUCCAUUCAGUUGAUGGGAAAUGGAGAUUUAGAUCCUUUGAAUUCCUAGUGUCAAAGCCAGGUUCCAAAUGUGCAGUGGCAUGGAUGGCUGUACAGAAAGGCAAAUCUAGUGUAUUAAUCAUAGGUUGUUAUAAACUAUUAAGGGUGCAGCAUUUAUUACAAUGUAUCUUUAUUUUUUAAAAAGAGGUGUAUAGUGUUCAGAAGCUGUGAAAAUAGUGUAAGAACUGUACAUUGUGAGCGCUGGUUAUUUUUCUUGUACCAUAGACAAAUGUAUAAAAAUGAUCACGAAGCUGAUGUGCAGGGAUGUUGCCUUAUUGUCUGUACGAUGGAGCUUGGUAACAUAAAUUGCUUCAAAGAGCUCCAGAGUAUUUUCUCCUAUAUUCUGGUUUGACUUCCUCCUCUAUUUAAGAUAUUAUACAUGGAAUCAGAGUGUCUACGUAAUAGUUCUAUCCUUUUGCCUGCAGGUCAGUUGUAAUAAAACUAGGAUGCGACUGUGA